AGUCUACAACUGGCGCUCGCUUAGUUCACACGUACUGUAGUAGAAGCGCGCUGACGUCCACUCAACAUCCCCACACGUUCACGUAAAAAUGAUUUAGGCGAAAUUAUCACCUAUGUGACAGUUAAUAGUUUUUAUUUUUCGUGCAUUCCGGUGAUCUAACCCCGCGUCAUUAGUGCAGUUUAUACUUCAAAAUGGAUAAAUCUAAAGGAUACCAGCUAUAUUUUAGUUCAUACUCUUCUAUAAACUCGACAUCCAAAAGACAAAGAAACCUCCUAUCAAUGAACUGGACAUCCCUGCUGCUGUUGACGAUAUUCCUGUCGAUAGCGAACGCGGUCAACGGCCUGCCCUGUCCCGGUGGAUGCACCUGCGAUGACGAUACCUAUGUAGUCACCUGCGAGCGAGGAAAAUUAGACGUCAUCCCCAUCACUUUGAACCCCGCCAUACAACGUUUGGUGCUGAAGAACAACAAGAUCAGAACUGUGGAUGCCGCCUUCCAGUUCUACAGAGAUUUGCUCUACGUGGAUCUCUCCUACAACCACCUUGGAAACAUCCCCAAGACAAGCUUCACGAACCAAGGGAAGUUGCAAGAGUUGCACCUAAACAAAAACCGCGUAUCAUCCAUAAGCAACACCACCUUCCAAGGACUGAAAUCCUUGACUGUUUUGAACUUACGGGAGAAUUUCAUAGACGAAUUACCCAGAGGUAUAUUCUCAAUCCUCCCCAAAUUGGAAGAGUUAAACCUGGGCCAAAACAGAAUAUCCAAAAUCGAUGCUCUGGCCUUCGAAGGUUUACUGGCUUUAAGAGUGUUAUACCUGGACGACAACCUGCUCACCACGGUACCAACAGCCUCGUUCUCUGUACUCCCGAGUCUAGCAGAGCUCCACGUGGGCCUGAACGGCUUCACAGUUCUCCCCGAUGACGCCUUCAAAGGUUUGGAAAAAUUAUCGGUCCUCGACUUGAGCAGUGCCGGUCUCUCCAACGUCAGCAUCGACGCUUUCAGAGGCUUGAACGGGCUGCGCAGCCUAAAUUUGGCCGACAAUAAGCUGAACCACGUGCCGACAGCGCAGUUGUCCCACUUGUCGAGGUUGGAAGAGCUGGUGAUCGGUCAGAACGAGUUCACGAUCAUCGAGAAGAACUCGUUCAAAGGUUUGACGAAUUUGAGGAAGUUGGACGUCACUAGUGCGACGGAGUUGCAGACCAUCGAGAAAGGUGCUUUUUCGUCCAAUUUAAACAUCGAAACAAUUAAUUUUGUGAGCAAUAAGAAGUUGGAUACCAUUGAGGAUGGUGCUUUGGUUGGCUUGCCGAACUUGAAGCAUUUGAUACUGAAAGAGAAUUCCUUGAAAUCCCUUUCGGAAGCGAUGGUUUCCUACAGCGAGUUGCAUUCGUUUGAGCUCACAGACAACUUGAUACAUUGCGACUGUCAGUUGCUGUUCCUUAGCAAUUUGAUGUCGGUUAAGAUGAAGAAUAUCACAGUUCAAUGUGCCACACCGUUACAUCUUAAAGAUAGACCUUUAAGGACACUUACUGCUGACGAUCUAGGCUGUUCUUUCACCGACCCUAGACAGCAAGCCAUCCUAGUUACGCUAUGUGUUAGUGCUAUUGUUCUGCUGGGCGGUUUGGGUUUGUUCUUGUUCAGAUACCGUCAACGUGUACGCGAAGCUUUAAAAGACUACAAGUGGAAUAAAAGGGCGAUUAGUAGGAAGGAACACGAAUAUCAAAAGACCUUUUCCGAUGAUGAUUACAUUAUGCGCCAGCACAACAUCAAGCCGAUACCGGUGACGGAAUUGUAGCUAGAACUUAGCGCGCCGCCCUCUGGGGUAUUUUGUCUAGAUGGGGAGGGCAGGCGUGCUAGGGGCCCCAGGGGUCAAGGGGGCACCUUACCCGCCACCGGGUUCACUUACAUAACUGGCGAUACAUGUCGCGCGCAUUCCAUGCGGGCCCUGAACGACACAAGGAACGGAUUGCCCAGAUGUCACCGUGACCAUCACCACUAAAAUAUGAAACAGACUAUAUGUGGUGAACGAGUGCUAGCAAUAACCAUUGAAUCCAUUCCACGAUGUGAUUUUACGAAAUAUAGAGACUGUACAGUAGAUGUUAAGUAUAUUUUUCUCGCUGUCGUUAACAGAAAUAACUAUAACAAGGCAUGCUAUAUCGGGCACAAGAAAUCUGCUAUAGAAAUAUUAAGUUUUUGUUUUACUAAAGUCUAUUUAUUUAAUAGACAAUCACGUGCAAAGUGCGUGAUUGUAUUUUUUAUUUACUCCGUCUGUUAAAUGAAUAGAAUUUAUAUCUCAUAUACUUUUGUUAGAAUCUUCAACUAUUUAAACGAAGAUAUGCAGUGGACAAUGUCCUCCUGACAAAACUAUGAGAUAUAUUGAGGGAAAAAAGAAAACUUGUGUUUAGAUUAAACUAUUAUUGUACCGGUUGACCAAAAUUUACCUUAACAUUGUGUGAUUGUAUUAUUGUCCUUAAUUGACUGAAACAUUUUUAAGGACUCGACACUUAGUAGCUUCUAUUUCUUAGUGAAUUAUUGUGAUAUAUGCAUAUAUUCAGAUUUCUUGCGGCUCGAUUUUGGCUCACGUCCCUGGCAAAUGAAUGUAUUAAACAUAUAAAUCGUAUUUAGGGUAUUGUAUAAAUCAAGAUUUCGAGUGAUUUAUAUUUUAUAUCUGUUGCCUCGUAUUCUGAUAUAAAUUCUGUCAUUAAAAGAGUGAUGUUGUAAAUAGAGUAUAUAUAAAACAAAUUGUGAUAUUUUAUGAGUUCAUGUAUAGGUGCCAUGUUUUAAUUGAACUAGAUCGCAGCUUUAAUGACCACAAGAAAUUUAUUUUAAUUUUGAAUUUAUCGUGGAUCUAAUUUUGUUAAACUCGGGCCUACAUUUGAAGUUAUAUAGAUAACACUACGAUACGGUUUGCGAUUUUGUGAUUUCAACGAGCUUGAAAUCGCUUAAAUCCCCUUGUACAUACAUGCAAUAUUUCUAUACAUAUUUGUAUAUAUUUUAAUUUUAAAAAAAUGUAGAAAGUAUUUAUUUUGUGGAAAUAUUGCAUUAAAAAUUGGAAUUUUUAGUUUGUUUGAAUGAUUGUUGUUAUUGGAUUCAAUAUUUUAUUUCGACAGGAAAUCUGUAUUUAUUUUUUUGUUUAAAAUUUUUUGUAAUACAGAAAAACACUUUUCAUAAAACUAGUCAUACUUAAUAAAUUAUUAUUAUAGAAUAUGAGAGAAUGUUCUUUUUGUAUUAUGUGUGUAAAAAUUAUAAGUGCAUUUUAUAUUGUAAAUAAAAUAGUGUUUUGUACAUAUUGACUUUAUCUUAUCUAUAAUACUUAUUUACAAUAAACUAUUUCGGA